UUGAAUGCGGAAGUGGGUCUGGGCGGCGCUUCCGCCUGUGCUGAGGAAAGUUGGGCUGCCAGAUCAGGGCGGAUUCUCGGAUUGUGAUCAGAAGAUGGACAGUCAGGGGAGGAAAGUGGUGGUGUGUGAUAACGGCACCGGGUUUGUGAAGUGUGGCUAUGCAGGCUCUAAUUUCCCUGAGCACAUCUUCCCUGCGCUGGUGGGGCGACCCAUCAUCCGCUCCACAGCCAAAGUGGGCAACAUUGAGAUCAAGGACCUGAUGGUGGGGGACGAGGCAAGCGAGCUGCGCUCCAUGCUGGAGGUCAACUACCCAAUGGAGAACGGCAUCGUGCGCAACUGGGAUGACAUGAAGCACUUGUGGGACUACACCUUCGGCCCCGAGAAGCUCAACAUCGACUCGCGCAACUGCAAGAUCCUUCUCACUGAGCCCCCAAUGAACCCCACCAAGAACCGAGAGAAGAUCAUCGAGGUGAUGUUCGAGACGUACCAGUUUACUGGUGUUUACAUCGCCAUCCAAGCUGUGCUCACGCUCUACGCUCAAGGCCUGCUCACUGGGGUGGUUGUAGACUCUGGUGAUGGUGUGACUCACAUCUGUCCCGUGUAUGAGGGCUUCUCUCUCCCCCACCUCACACGACGACUGGACAUCGCCGGCCGAGACAUCACGCGCUACCUCAUCAAGCUGCUGUUGCUACGAGGUUACGCCUUCAACCACUCGGCUGACUUUGAGACGGUGAGGAUGAUGAAGGAGAAGCUGUGCUACGUGGGCUACAACAUCGAGCAGGAACAGAAACUUGCGCUGGAGACCACUGUGCUGGUCGAGUCCUACACUCUGCCGGAUGGGAGGGUAAUAAAGGUCGGAGGUGAGCGUUUCGAAGCCCCCGAGGCACUCUUCCAGCCACACCUGAUUAACGUGGAGGGGGUAGGCGUGGCCGAGCUGCUCUUCAACACCAUCCAAGCAGCUGACAUUGACACCAGGGCUGAGUUCUAUAAGCACAUUGUGUUGUCCGGUGGUUCGACGAUGUAUCCUGGUCUCCCGUCCCGUCUGGAGCGUGAACUCAAGCAGCUUUACCUGGAGAGGGUGCUCAAAGGAGAUGUGGACAAGCUUUCUAAGUUUAAGAUCCGUAUCGAGGACCCCCCUCGCCGUAAACACAUGGUGUUUCUGGGCGGAGCCGUGCUCGCUGACAUCAUGAAAGAUAAAGAUAAUUUCUGGCUGACCAGAGAGGAGUAUCAGGAGAAGGGCAUGCGUGUGCUGGAGAAACUCGGCGUGACCGUCAGAUAAACCCCACACACACACUUGAAAUAAUUCACACACAUUCAUACAGGGUGGCAUUUUGGCAGUGUAUAAAUGGGGAAAAUAAGCAGUUCUACCUGAUUGUUGUAAUAAUAAUAAUAAUGAUGAGAAUAAUAAUAAUAAUACUUGAAUUUUACAGUUGCAGCAUAAAAAUAUCAUUGUCUUAUUGAUGCAACGUUCUGACCACGAUGUGGACUUUUAAAGCUCUGAUAAGUGGGGAAAAAAACGGUUAAGUAAAAUCUUUCAUGUUAAAGUACUUGUUUAUUCUGCCAAAAUUAAUCCUCGGAUGGAGCUUCUCUCAUGCUCGCUCGCGCUCUCUCUCUCAUGCUGCCUCUCUCGCUCUUUCUCCUUCUCUCUCACUCAUGUCUGUCGUGUCAUUUUUGAAGAACGUACAGCUCAGUGGUUUAAAAGAGGUUACAAAACAUGUAAAAUAAACUUGGAUGGAUAAAUAAAUCAAUAAAUGAAUCACCAGGAGAUCCAGACAGCAAGAACAAUGAACUGUAACGUUGUUUAAAGGUGCAGUCUGUAAUUUUUUUUUAAAAAGUUCCUGGACUUGCAAUAAUCAUGAGAUUUUAGAGAUAACUUGGAAAAACUUUGAGUCGUGGGUUUUUGUUUUGUUUUAGUUUUUUAAACUUAUUUUUCUGGCCCUGAAAUGAUCUCUCCGGCAGUUCUGCCACUUUUCUCUGAAGCGCAACUCACAAGGCAAAUGCAUUUUGAACGGGUUUUUUUUUUUUCUCUUUCUAAAAAUUACAAACUGCCCCUUUUAAAGUUUAAAGCCAACAGGAUCAAAUAUUUAAAGGCACCCGGCUGAGAUGGGCUGCUUUUUUUUUUAAAUGUAAAAUGUGUUCCUGUCCUGUCUUUCAUGUUUUUAAUUGUUUUUGUUUGCUUGUCAGAAGUGCACACACUGUUCAAGACGCUCUGCUCCACUAGAGGGCGCAAAAGUGAACAAACUCAGUCAGCGUUAUUAGCCAUGUAGUUUAGAGUGUAAUGUGGUGUGCGGAGGGAAUUAGGACCGUGUUCCAUCCAUUAGGACCAAAUUACUAUCAUUCCCACUUAGUGUUAGAACUGGACUGGAACGGGACGUUUCAGAAAUUAGCUUGGAGAAAAGGAAAAACGAAAAAAGAUCCUGGAUCAGUGUGGUACUUGGAACGUAGCCUUUGACGUAAAUGUUACACGUGUCCACAAUAAUGUGAAUGAAACCGUUUCCAGAUCAGACCGGCAUUUGAGUGAAAUGUCAGCAGCGACGCUGCCCUCAGAACAUUCCCUCGGAAGUUUAAAUCUGCUAACGAGGAGGAAUGGAUGCUAGCGUUACUAACAAAGCUAACCUUCAUUCAUCGCCUGGAGAAUCAGCAUCGCGUUUUAAUCAAACUGUCCCUUUCACAGCCACUUCAUCGUGUCAGUUUCUCAGCUCAAAUCUGUCCGCUAAUUAGCAUCACAUGUUUUAACGGAGGUUGGAAUUUUUAAUUUAAUUUUUUUUUUUUGGUAUCCGCUUCUUAUUUUGAUAUGGUUCAUUUUCUCGACAGUUGGUUGGGUUAGCGCAGCUUGCGUACACAAGCAGGUUUUGUGCAGUCUAGAUGAAAAAAAGCUUAAAAAAAAAAAAAUGCUAAUAAUAAGCCUGGCUAUGUUGCUACAUGUUAUUUGCAGUUAUUAGCAAUACUUCUCCUCACAUUUAAACGGCUAGUAGAUAGCUACUGUUGGCAGCUAGCUAGCUAGCUAGCAUAGAUCGACAUAUUAAGGAAGCUGUUGAAUUUAAAGGUGCCUUUAUGGUAAAAGAAACCUAUUCAGAAAUGUAAACAAAAUUCAUGAUGAUUUAACACUGGGGUUACUUCAUGUAAAGACCGACAGAAAGGAGUUAUAUUUCUAAAAAUCAUGAAGGAUUUUUUUUUUUUUUUUUAGAUUAGCAAUUAGCAUUUUACUUCAGGCUUGAAAGCCUGGUCGCUAUUUUGAGCUGCACAUGUUGCUAUGGUAACAGUAUUACAUAGUAUAUCUACUGAAAACAAAACAAUCAGUCUUGGUUCGUUCACCGAGGUGAUAAUUGCACGCUAACUGGUAUUGUCGCGUAGCACACAAUACCAACAAUAUGUGCUAGCAUACAAAAACAAAUGAUAACCCCGUCAGUCUUGAUAUUGCAUUAUAUUACUGUAGAAAGUGAUGUACACAAUUGUGUACGCGGUGACCCGAAGGAGUUAAAUCUGAAAUCACAUUUUGAAUCGACGUUUGCUGACUAGCGAUCUCGAUUAGCAUUGUUUCUGCGUGCUGGCCCUUUAAAUGUGAGGACGGUUGUUGCUAAUAUGAUUGCUGUGAGUGGUGAUGAAAGCUAAAGGCUUUCUCACGCAUGGAAUACGUAAAUAAAUAUAUCACAGGGUUUCUUAUUUUCCCUUUUUUCUCUCGUUAUCCCCAAGCAGUAAUGCAGUGCCAAGUCGUACCUUUUUUUUUGGGUUUUGUUUGUUUUCUGUAUUUUGUUUAUAUUUUUUUAUUUGUAGCAUACUGCCAAACAACUGAUUUAAAUAAAGUAAAUUCAUUUAUAAUUA